GGUGCCAAGACGCGAAGCCCAGUACUAGACUGAUGGUGAGGGCUUAGGGCUGAGACGAUGCUGUUGCGUGACCGGAGCAGGCGUUAUAGACAUGGAACCCAUGAAGGGAGGGGGAGAGAGGGAGAGGGAGAGGGAGAGGGAGGUUGGGUCGGAGAUAAGUUUAGGGCAAAAACCGGAGAGAGAUAGGAAAGGAAAUAAGUGUCAUUGAUGAUGAUGAGCGAAACGAUGAAGAUGAUGACGAUGGGAAUUGCUGCAGUCAAUCUUGACCGUCCACCCUGUAUCUUUCUGGUUUCCAUAUAGGUCUCUCCUCGUUCUUAUCUUCCGUACCGCUUUCCACAGAGAGAGAGAAAGAGAGAGAUAGAGAGAGAUUUGUCGAUUGAAGGGAGGGGUGUUAUGUAAAUCAAAUAUUCGAAAAAUCUAAAAUCCACGAAUGAUUCUACGGGGUUUCCAUAUUAGCCUCUUUCCCAAUUCUUAUCAUCUUCACAAUUGACAAUUCUCCGCCUCCUCUGUAAGAAGAAAGAAUAGGUCUUUUAAUGAGAAGUGCGUAAAAUUCAUCAACUCUGCUCUCUUUUGGCUACUCUAUACCUUCUCCGUUGUUUUUGGACAAAAACAAAAACCACCCAAUAAAACCCAUAUGUUCAUUCGCACUAUUUUUUGUGAAAAACCCAGUUCUUGAACUUCACGUUCAACAAGUGUUUUCUUGAUCUUGCUUCUAUUUAUUGAACUGUAUUCGGAAUAUGAACUUUCGGAAAUCAACCCGCCGGUGAGCUCUCUUCCGGGUAUCAUGUCGGUUCCGGGAAUCAUGUCCGGGUUCGAUGGCGGCGAGAAGAGUUAUUAUCAGGAUUCCGAUGGGGAUUCGUCGAUCGCGCCAGAACGGCGGAUCGUGGUCGCGAACCAGCUUCCGGUGCGGGCUUUUCGCGAUCCCGACAGCAAGAAGUGGUGCUUUGAUUGGGACAUGGAUGCUCUGGUUUUGCAGCUGAAGGAUGGGUUUCCGCCGGAGGUUGAGGUUUUGUAUGUGGGGAGUUUGAAGGCGGAGAUCGAACCGGCGGAGCAGGAAGAGGUUGCCCAAUUCUUGCUGAAGAAAUUUGGGUGCGUGCCUACUUUUCUGUCCAAUGAAAUUCUGAACAAGUUCUACCAUGGAUUCUGUAAGCAUUACCUUUGGCCUCUGUUUCAUUAUAUGUUGCCUGUUUCGCCAAGCAAUGGUGCCCAGUUCAACCCGUCUCAGUGGCGUGCCUAUGUAAGGGCAAAUCAGAUUUUUGCCAAUAAGGUCAUAGGGGUGCUAAACAACCCUGAUGAGGAUUUCGUCUGGAUACAUGAUUAUCACCUCAUGGCCAUGCCAACUUAUCUGCGGAAAAAGUGUCACCGGGUGAAGGUUGGGUUUUUCUUGCACAGCCCUUUUCCUUCCUCGGAAAUAUAUCGAACACUUCCUGUGCGGGAAGAGAUUCUUCGGAGCUUAUUGAAUUCCGAUCUUAUUGGUUUCCAUACAUUUGAUUAUGCUAGGCACUUUCUGUCAUGCUGUAGUAGGAUGUUGGGUCUGGAUUAUGAAUCAAAAAGAGGUUACAUUGGGAUUGAGUAUUAUGGUCGAACAGUGAGCAUUAAAAUCCUCCCAGCUGGAAUUCAUAUGGGUCAGCUUGAAUCGGCUAUGUCUCUUCCAGAGACUGCUGAUAAGGUCAAAGAGUUGAAGGAACAAUUUAAGGGGAAAAUUGUAAUGCUAGGCGUAGAUGACAUGGAUAUGUUUAAAGGCAUAAGUUUGAAAUUCCUUGCGAUGAGGCAGCUAUUAGCUCAGAAUCCUGGAUUGGAAGAGAAAGUAGUUUUGGUUCAGAUUGCAAACCCAGCGAGAAGCCGGGGUAAGGAUGUUCAGGAAGUUCAGAAUGAAAUCCAUCUCAUUGCGAAAGAAAUCAAUGAAAGCUAUGGAAAGCCAGGGUAUGAGCCAAUUGUUUUCAUCAACCGGUUUGUUCCUACACAAGAGAAGGUUGCGUACUAUGCCAUCUCUGAGUGCUGUGUGGUGAAUCCUGUAAGGGAUGGGAUGAACUUGGUGCCUUACAAGUACACAGUUUGCCGACAGGGCAGCCCUGCUUUGGACAUGGUUUUGGGAACUGAUGGGUCUGCAUCUCUGAAAAAGAGUGUUAUCAUUGUUUCAGAAUUUGUUGGGUGCUCGCCGUCGCUCAGUGGUGCAAUCCGGGUAAACCCUUGGAACAUUGAUUGUGUAUCAGAGGCUAUGAGUUCGGCCAUCACAAUGGCAGACACAGAGAAACAAUUGCGACAUGAGAAGCACUAUAAGUAUGUUAGCUCUCAUGACAUUGCUUAUUGGUCUCGUAGUAUUGACCAGGACCUUGAGAGAGCCUGUAGGGAGCAUUACUUGAGUGGGUGUUGGGGCAUUGGGUUUGGUUUGUGUUUCAGGGUUGUUGCCUUGGGUCCUAACUUCAGGAAGCUUUCCAUUGAUCACAUUGUUAGUGCCUAUGUGAAUACAAAUAGCCGGUUGAUACUUUUGGACUAUGAUGGGACUAUGAUGCCAGAAUCUUCAGUGGACAAAACUCCCAGCAAUGAAGUUAUUACUGUGUUGAAUGCUUUGUGCAGUGAUCCCAAGAACGUUGUUUUUGUCGUCAGUGGUAGAGGGAAGGAUUCUCUCAGCAGAUGGUUUUCUACAUGUGAAAAACUGGGGAUUUCAGGAGAGCAUGGUUACUUUAACAGGUGGACUAAGGAUUCUCCAUGGGAAUCCUGCCCAUUAGUGAUGGACUUUGAUUGGAAAAAGAUUGCAGAACCUGUGAUGGAGCUUUACACUGAAACAACUGAUGGCUCUUCUAUAGAACAGAAGGAAAGCGCGCUAGUAUGGCACCAUCAAGAAGCUGACCCUGAUUUUGGAUCACGCCAGGCAAAGGAGCUUCUGGAUCAUCUUGAAAGUGUUCUUGCUAAUGAGCCUGUAGUUGUUAAAAGAGGUCAACACAUAGUUGAAGUGAAGCCACAGGGUGUUAGCAAAGGCUUGGUAGUGGAAAACCUUAUCUCAACCAUGCGGAGUAGGGGAAAAGCCCCUGAUUUUGUUUUAUGCGUUGGGGAUGACCGUUCAGAUGAAGAUAUGUUCGAGAGCAUUACGCGGACAGUUUCCAAUGCAACCUUGCCAGCCACUGCAGAAGUGUUUCCAUGCACAGUUGGUCAGAAACCAAGUAAUGCCAAAUACUAUCUUGGCGAUACAGUCGAUGUUAUCAACAUGCUUGAAGGUCUUGCGGCAGCAUCAGCACAGCUACGCACACCUGCACAGUUCCAGACUCCAUUAGAAGUUUCUCUUUGAAUUCAGGCACAGAUAAGAACAAGCCAGAAAGUUAUUCUUGUACAGAAAGUUACAUUACAGGUCAUGCAAAACCAAUACCUUGAAAUUCAUUAGCCCCGUCCAUCCUCCUCUUCCCAUCAGUUUCAUUUAUAAGUCUUUUGAGUCCCCUAUAGUUGCAAAUUUACUUAAUUAGUCUGUCCAAGUUCUUCUCAUCAAUUGAAGCAAAUUUCUUA